UUACAAUCCAAGUGCAGCGGAGGAUGCAAAUACUGAUCCGGGUGCAGGAGGUCAAAACGGCACCAGACCAGAGCCUGUCACAAUACAAAGAGAACCAGGAUAUCACCGCACCGCCAGAUCCUAUCGCAGAGGGCACCACUUCCGAUGUUCCUAUCCAUGGCGAGAAAACCAACGUUCUGUUCCACCCCACCCCCACAGUCACCUACAAGCCGAUGUUUGAUCAGCUGGAAAGGCGAGGGAUUGGACUAUGUCUCGGUAUAGUGGCGGGGAUUGUCUUCCUGGGCCGGAUCUUCAAUGGAUCGCUCUGGGGUCUACUUCCCCUCAGUUUCUGCAUCGCGAGCGGUGUGUGGCUGUGGGUGCAGGAGGUGAUUCGCAGUGGUCGGGAAAUGGAAUGGAGCAGUGAACAGAUUCGGGGUCAAAUGGCGACCGCCAACCUUCUCCCGGAAUCCGUUGAAUGGCUGAACUCGUUCCUUGGGGUGUUCUGGGGGUUGAUAAAUCCCGAAAUGCUAUCUCCCGUCGCCGAUACCAUUGAAGAUAUUAUGCAAGCUUCGGCGCCGGGGGUGGUCGAGAAUGUCCGCAUCGCAGAAAUCGACCAGGGCAACAACCCCAUCCGGAUUUUGAGUCUUCGCGCACUGCCCGAUGACCAUGUGAAGCAGCUCAAGGAACAAGUGCACGAGGAGAACGUAAAGAACAAAGAUCCCCAGGAAGCUGCCGCCGUAGAGGAGGGCGGUGACUUUUACAAUAUCGAAGCAUCCUUUGCCUACCAUGCCAAACCAAGUGGUCAGACUACCUCGUCCAAGGCGCGUAACAUGCACAUGCAGAUCGUGUUCUACCUCGGAGUCAAAGGCCUCUUUGGAGUCCCGUUUCCCGUCUUUGUGGAAUUGACUGAGUUGGUGGGCACUGUGCGUGCGAGAUUCCAGAUGAUGCCCGAGGCUCCUUUUGUGAAGGACGUGACGUUCAGCUUGGUUGGCCUCCCACACGUCAAGGCUGGAUGUAUGCCAAUGGUCAAAGGAGGAGUGAACAUUCUCAACUUGCCCUUGAUCUCGAAUUUUGUCAACUAUGCCAUUGCCACAGCCGCCGGUCUGUUCGCAGCCCCCAAGUCUAUGACCAUGGAUCUUAGCAUGUUGCUCAAGGGCGAUGAUAUUGUCAAGGAGACGCAGACUCUGGGUGUCAUGUGGGUGCGCAUUCACCGGGCAAUUGGUCUGAGCAAGCAGGAUCGGCGUGGCAGCUACGGUGGUGGUAGCGACCCCUAUAUCAACCUGUCUUUCUCGAAGUACGGCAAGCCCAUGUACUGCACUCGGGUGAUCACGGACGACCUGAACCCAGUCUGGGAAGAAACUGCCGCCUUGUUGGUUACUCCUGAGCUUAUCAAGGCAGAUGAAAGCCUGAGCGUUGAACUCUGGGACUCGGACCGCACGACUGCUGAUGACAUCGUCGGCAAGGUGGAACUCCCGAUUCGGAAGAUGAUCCAGCAUCCUGGCAAGAUGUAUGCGCAGGUGUCCAAGUUACAAGGUCUUAACGAAGGCAGCGAGAUGCCGGGAGAGCUGCACUGGGAAGUGGGCUUCUUCGGCAAACCGAAGCUCAGGGCAGAGCUGCGCACCGACGGCAAGAAGAAGGACCUUCCCGAACAAUUCAGAGAUGUUCAGGAGUUCCAGGACGAAAAGGGCAUCAUUAGCAGCGAGGAGGAGGACGCCAUUACUCACACUCCUCCUGAUCCUUUGUGGCCCAGUGGUAUCAUUAGCAUUAUUGUACACCAGAUCGUCAAUCUGGAGAUCAACAAUGUCAAGGGUAGCGAGGGUAACCGCAAGGGUCGCGAGUACGAGCCAGCCAAACCGUACGGCGACCAGACAGAGGAAGAGGGCAGUCACCUGCCCACGAGCUAUUGCAAGAUUAUUCUCAACGACGAACUGGUCUACCGCACGCGCGCCAAAGCCUUGAGCUCCAAGCCCAUUUUCAACGCCGGAACCGAGCGAUUCAUUCGUGACUGGCGGUCUGCAUUUGUGACUGUCGGUGUCCGCGACCAGCGUUACCGCCAGCACGAUCCCAUUCUGGGCGUCGUGCCUCUUAAGAUCUCCGACCUCCUUCAAACCAGCUCGCAAGUUACCAGAUGGUAUCCUCUCGAUGGUGGAAUCGGAUUCGGACGCAUCCGCAUCUCCAUCCUGUUCCGCUCCGUCGAGACUCGCCUCCCACCUCAGAUGCUAGGCUGGGACGUGGGCACCUUCGAGUUCGUCUCCGAGAAGCUCACCACUGUGAAUUUCAAUCAACGCUGCAAGGUCAAGCUCCGCACCGGCGGCAGCAGCGGCAAGAUUACCAAGCACGUUUGCGCCGUCGACGAGAACAACAACCUCACCUUCGACCUUUCGGACGAGAACUUCCGCCGCAGCCUCCGCCUUCCCGUCAAACAUCGCUACCGCUCUCCUGUGGUCUUCGAAUUCCACGCCCAAAAGAAGCAUCACGCCGCCGGAUACGCCGUCUUCUGGCUGCAGCACCUGGUGGACAACGAAAACACGGAGAUAGACAUCCCCAUCUGGUCGACCAAGAACGGCAAGCGGCUCACGCAGAACUACAUCACCGAGCAAAACUGGGAGGCGAAGAAGUCGCCCGGGCUGGAAGACCUCCACGAGAUCGGCCGCCUGCGCUUCACCGGCCGCUUCACGCCGGGCAUCGACGACUCGCACGAGCGGUUUGUGGUCGACAGCAACUCGCGCGAGACCUUCGAGACGUGGGAGGCGUGCAUCGCCGAGGGAGUGCGCUCGCCGCACAUCUCCGCCUCGGUACCCGAAGAAGUGGAAGAGUUGCACGAGCAGUCCCUCCUGGACGGUCGCGACAUCCUCAAACACGCGGACCCCCGCGAGCGCAAGCGCUGGCUCGACAAGCAAGGCUACGACUGGAGCGGCGCCUUCGGCCACGACCCCAGCGCCUACCUCAACGAGCACGGCAAACAGGUCGCUGAACCGGGCAGAGAGGCCCCGCCGCACGAUCCGCACAACCCCCCGCGCGUCGAGGCGACCGCCUACGGGACCAUGCACGCGGAGGAGAAAACCAAGACUCACCCCGACAGUUCCUCUUCCUCUGAGAGCGAAGCCGAUGACGAGGGGGACCACGAGAUUAACCACUCCCUGCAGCCGCAACAGCAGGAACGCGCGCUGGGCAACAGCAGCAGCAACAACGACGAUUUCGACGUCAACAGCAACCUCCGUCUCUCGUCCGACAACACCACCAACACCACCGCGACGGCCAGUGCAAGCAGUGGACCCAGUCGCUCCGGCACCAACGAGGUCCUCCGCAAGGCCGAACAGCGCAGCGAACAGCGCCAGCAGCGGGGGAUGAUGCAGUGGCGCCCCGUCCGCAACGCGGUGUUCGCGCGCGACGAGACCAAGUAUGCUCUACGCAAGAUGAAGAUGAAGUUCACGGGGGAUUUGUCAGGUCGCGAGCCGGACAUCGAGACCGAGACGGGUAAUUAGCGGUGCGGUGUUGUACUGUAUAUGAUUCUACGUCUUUUGUCUUUCGGUUUAUACUACUUAUGCACGUAAAGUAUGGAGUUAUGGGAUGGGUAUUAUCAAUGAGAACACGAUUAUGG